AUGGGGAAUUGCUUGUCGGAUGUGAAGGGCGGUCAGCAGGCGGUCGGCGUUGGGGCCCAAGCUGGUGCUGGAGGCGCCGCCGCCAGCAGCGGCCCAAACGACGCCGUGGACAAUUUCUUCAGGGCCAAAGGAGAACAUGCGCUUUUUACGCCGAUCGAGUUGUCUCUAUCGGCUUCGAAGCUACUCGAUCUUGAUAUCGUGUCUAAGAGUGAUCCAAUGGCAGUGGUAUACACAAGAAGGGAUGGGAAGCUUGAGGAACUUGGACGAACUGAAGUAAUCAUGAACAAUCUAGACCCUAACUGGAUUCAGAAGAUAAAUAUCACUUACCAUUUUGAGAUUGUUCAGCCGCUGAUCUUUCACGUGUACGAUGUUGACUCAAAAUAUCAUAAUUUGCCAGUGAAGAUGCUGAAGUUAGAAGAUCAGGAUUUUCUUGGGGAAGCUAAUUGUGUUGUCUCUGAGAUUGUAACUAGACGAGAUCGAAGCUUGACCUUGAAUCUUCGAAGUAGAGAUGUACGUGGUACAAGAAACUUGGGGAAACUAACCGUGCUUGCUGAGGAAACUGUUGCUUCAAGAAAUACUGUGGAGAUCACAUUUCGUUGUUCUAAUCUAGUGAACAAGGAUGUGUUUUCCAAAAGCGAUCCUUUCUUAAGAAUCUCAAGGACUAUUGAGAGUGGACAUUCCGUUCCUAUUUGCAAGACAGAAGUCGUGAACGACAACUUGAAUCCUACUUGGAAACCUGUAUUUCUAACCAUGCAACAAUUCGUCAGCAAGGAGAACCCAUUGUUGAUUGAGUGCUUUGAUUUCAAUAGCGACGGAAAUCAUGCUCUGAUCGGUAAAUUACAGAAGUCAGUUGCUGAACUGGAAACCCUUAACCAAAGUAGAGCUGGUGCAAAUUUCUUCGCACCAUCUUCUAAACGUCAUCAUCAUGAUAAGGUUUUAAAGAGUCAACUAUUUGUCGAUGGAUUUGUUGAGAAACAACUGUACAGCUUUCUUGACUACAUCUCCAGUGGAUUUGAACUUAAUUUUAUGGUUGCUGUUGACUUUACUGCCUCUAAUGGAGAUCCUAGAAGUCCAGAGUCUCUUCACUACAUUGAUCAUACAGGUCGCCUGAACUCCUACCAACGGGCUAUAAGGGAGAUUGGGGAGGUUAUACAAUUCUAUGAUUCUGAUAGACGUUUCCCUGCCUGGGGAUUUGGUGGAAGAAUGCCUGAUGGAAAAAUAUCUCACUGUUUCAACUUGAACGGAAGCCCAGCUGAUUUUGAGAGGAAGUAA